AUGUCAUCCGAAGAUCUUUUCCGUCAGUACCGCGGACAAAUAGUCCCCCAGGACUACAAUGCCGGCUUCGUAGCUCUCAGCUACCUCGUCAGCCUGGUUGGCGCUGCCUCGACUCUCGAGUUGAUUAACAGGCGGACGGGCUCUAGGGGUCUCUUCAACCACUUGUUGCUCGUGAGCUCAGCCAUCACCAUGGGCGGAAUAUCCAUAUGGUGCAUGCACUUCAUCGGUAACCGGGCCAUCGACCUCGCCGACGGACAGGCACAGCUACAAGCUGCAUAUUCAAGUGGUUUCACUGCCGUAUCCUUCUUUGUCCCUAUCAUCGUCCUCCUCGCCGCUUUCCUCGCCAUCGGAACCAAUAAUUGCGUUUCCUGGUGGAGGGUCACGGUCGGUGGUAUCCUCUGCGGCACUGCCGUCUGUGGCAUGCACUAUCUAGGCAAUGCCUCUAUUGCCAACUACACCUGUGUAUAUCGACCCGCGUACGUCAUUGGAUCUGCGAUCAUCGCCGUUGUCGCCAGUAUUGUCGCCCUGGCCAUGUUUUUCGUCUUCAGAGCGACUUGGGCAGCAUCUUGGUGGAAGCGGGCUUUUUCAGCUGUGAUCCUGGCCGGUGCAGUCUCUGGAAUGCAUUGGUGUGCCGCCGUCGGGACACAAUAUAGACUGGUCAAAGUCAAGCCAGAGGGUAAUGAGCCUUCACGUAGUGCCACUGUUGUGGUCGUUAUUUGCCUGUCACUCGGCGCCUGUUUCAUCAUCGCUGGGUCAGCUAUCCUCCGGGCAAGAAACAUGAGAAAAACCGCGCUCCGUGCCCAGCAAAUCAUAUUGGGUGCUGCCGUCUUCGACAAGAGUGGGAGAAUCCUAGUUAACACAGACGGAAUCAUCCCAAGCACCGUGGUUACAGACUCGUUUUUGGAAAAGCAUGCGAAGGAGGGUUUCAACAUCGGCCAUCCUCUCUUUCAUUGGAUGUUCCACGCCUCUAGGAACUGGAGUGCGAUUUCCAAUCUGAUCGGUGGAAUGAGACAGCACCUUGCGCAGUUGCCGCAUUCUGGCCGUGAAAGGGAUAGAGGUGACAUCCAACUCAUCAACGAUCAUGGCGAGAUGAUCGAUGAUUAUGACAUCAUAUUCCGAGAGCUCUUCUGCAUGGCGGCCUCUUCGCUAGCCGACCGGCUGAGAGAGCAUAUUACAACUAUGGGUGCUACCGGAAAGCGACCGCGCGGGCCCUUGCAGAAGAAUGCAUCGAGAACUUCUAAUUCGGACGUUGGAGAUACUCAAUCAGAGAAUCAUGUUUGGGAGCCGGACUACGGGCGUGGUUCCUUGAUGUUCUUGGUUCGCCGUAUUGAGACAGAUCGCGACGCGGAACGACUGGUCAGUGAUAUCAUCCGGUCGAGCAUGCAAAUCAAGUCCCAGGGCUUCGAUCAAAAGCUUCGGGAUAUGGCCACAUACACGACCCGACAGCACAAAGCUCCUCCAGGCGUGCAUGUGGGAUUCUUCGCUGUUCGAGCUCGACCUAAUUCGCUCGGAUUUGAAAUCCUAGUGCGAAGGGGUGCGCGGAAUCUGCUGCCGUCCAUGGCACUUCCUAUGCAGAAGCUCGAGGAAUGGCAAGUGCAAUUCCUGAGGCAGUUCGAGAAUCUGCCAGUACCCAAAAUCGUUCGGCUACUGAGCGAGAGAGACUCCUCGUCGUGGGAUCGCGAUGAGGGCGAAUUCGCUGGACAGUUAUCAGAGACUAUCGGGGCGCUUCAAGAGUGGAGUCAGGAACCGCUGUUUGAUGACGCGACUCUCACUUCGACGGUUGUUCAAAUGCCAUGCGGUGGUGACGACAGCCCGGCUCAGUCGACUAUGAUUGUGAUGCGCCUAGUGAUUCCAAUUCACUCGGUGUUAUCAAGCCCCACAUGCGAAUUCGUCCCUCUGAUCUUUUUUAAGAUGCACCAGGUCCCGACGAAGUUCCAUCAAGAGUUUACACGAGGCGUUCAUCAAGAGUUUGGACCUAUUGUCAAGAGAAUAGAAGAUCGGCUGGGAGAGUCUGGGAACAAUACCUCGAGUUUGCCUUCGAAAUUCUGGCCAUUUAGACAUUCAGAUGCUUCGCCCAAUGGAAGCUUGGAGAAGUCGAAGAUAGCUGAGAGACGGCGAGGUUCUUCACCCGACUCAGUCCGGACCGGCUCGACGAUCAACCUUUGCCCUUCGAACAACAUCGACCGUACCCAGUCAAUAGAUUCUGGGGACAAUUCGACAAUGUACCCCGGCCAGGUGGAUUCGCCACCAGUGCCACCGUCUUACGGGGGCAUCAUGGUGUUUCAAGAGAUCAAGAUCGACAUUGAAGAGACUGUGAAGGGGAGCGCAGGGACGAAUCUGGUGAGUACCAGAAGUCAGGACACGAUUUCCGUGGAUCACCCAAAUAGCAAGAUGUCGAGAACGGCGGAUAUCGAGAUGCGGCCAAUGGGACAUGUGGGAACCAAUGUUGAGGCCGGGGGUGGAAGGAGGAAACCUCCAGCGCCGGCUCCAGCGCCCACACUCGAGUUCGCCGCCAUGUCGCCAAUCGCAGGUGCGCGAUCCGGCGUCAUCCGUCGCCUUCUCCUCCCGGGUGCCGUCGCCACCACCGGCGCCGUCCUCCUUUACAGCUACCGCCCUCGAGAUAUCCCCGGCUCCUCCUCCCCGGCGGUCCCACCACCCACCUUCGGCGCAGAUGGCAGCUUCAAACUCCCCCGUUUCCCCCGCGUCAAGCCCCGCGACGAGCAAUUGGCCGACCUGCGAAGGAGCUCCCAACCCGAGGCCCCCGAGUAUGACAUGCUCAUCAUCGGAGGCGGUGCUACCGGUGCCGGCGUGGCAUUGGACGCUGCCACUCGUGGCCUCAAGGUCGCUGUCAUCGAGCGCGAUGAUUUCAGCAGCGGCACUAGCAGCAAGAGCACCAAGCUCGCCCUGGUCAAGGAAGCCCUCAAGGAGCGCAACUCAUGGCUACCCAUCAUGCUCCCCCUCGACAAGUGGUGGAAAGCUCCUUACUACUGGGCCGGCACCAAGUUCUACGACAUCCUCGCCGGUAGUGAGGGUAUCGAAAGCUCGUACUUUCUAACCCGCAGCAAGGCUCUUGAGGCCUUCCCCAUGCUAAAGCAGACUGACCUGGUUGGCGCUCUCGUGUAUUACGAUGGUGCCCACAACGACUCGCGAAUGAACGUUUCCAUCGCUAUGACUGCUGCUCUCUACGGUGCUACUGUUGCAAACCACACCGAGGUCACGGGUCUCAUCAAGGACGACCAGGGUCGGCUGUGUGGUGCCAAGGUCAAGGAUUUGGUUGCAGUCAAGGAUGGACGUCCCGCGGAGGAGAUUACUGUGAGGGCCAAGAGCAUCAUCAACUGCACUGGGCCCUUCACAGAUUCUAUCCGCAAGAUGGACGACCAAGAUUGUACAGACAUCGUUGCCCCUUCUUCCGGCGUUCAUGUUAUCCUCCCUGGUUACUUCAGCCCAGGCAAGAUGGGCUUGAUCGAUCCCUCCACAUCCGAUGGCCGUGUCAUCUUCUUCCUGCCCUGGCAAGGAAACACCAUUGCAGGCACUACCGACUCCCCGUCGACUAUUUCGCCUAAUCCUCUGCCCGACGAGAAGUCAAUCGAGUGGAUUCUGAGUGAGGUUGGCCACUAUCUCUCCCCUGAGAUCAACGUGCGCCGGGGCGAUGUCCUGGCUGCCUGGUCCGGCAUCCGCCCUCUUGUCAAGGACCCGAAGGCCAAGAACACCGAGUCCUUGGUUCGCAACCACUUGAUUGAUAUCUCAGCCUCAGGUUUACUCACUUGUGCUGGUGGCAAAUGGACCACGUACCGCCAGAUGGCUGAGGAGUGCGUCGACGCGGCGGUUGGGGAGUUUGGCCUGAAGCCUAUGCCCGUCAAUGACGCUCCCCGCGUCAGCGGCACUGAGAUGAUUGACGAUGGUGCUAUCCUUGAUGGUACAUGCCAGACGCACAAGGUCCGCCUUGUCGGUGCGCACGGCUUCAGCAACACCCUCUUCAUCCCUCUGAUCCAACACUUUGGAGUCGAGACCGAGGUCGCCAAGCAUCUGACUGAAUCAUACGGCGAUCGCGCCUGGACUGUCGCUGCGCUCUGUAAGCUAACUGACAAGCGAUUCCCUGCUCGUGGCGAACGCAUCUCUCAUUUGUACCCUUUCGUCGACGGCGAGAUUCGAUACGCCGUCCGACACGAGUACGCCCAGACUGCCGUCGACGUUCUGGCCCGUCGCACCCGGUUGGCCUUCCUCAACGCCCAGGCUGCGCUUGAAGCUCUUCCCAAGGUCAUCGACAUCAUGGCCGAGGAGCUGAAGUGGGACAGUCGCCGGCAAGAUCGCGAAUGGAAAGAUUCUGUUGCCUUCCUGGAGUCGAUGGGCCUGCCUCAACCCAUGCUCUCAGCAACGCGUAAGCAGGUCGAGCAGGGCAAGAUUGACUUUGCUAGCUCUCUCGAGUGGAAGAUGUACUCUCGGCAUGACAAGCCCGUGGAGGAGGAGUAG